AUGUGUGCUCCUGUGGAAGUGCACAGCUUAGUAGCUGCUUGGUCAAGGGCAUCUUUCUGCGUUCUGCGCAUCGCAUCGCAUCGCAUCGCCGGCGGGCCUCACACCUUGGCCACACCCUGGGUUCACCGAUGA